UGUUUUUAAGUAUGUUGGUUGAGCGUAAAGAAGGGCUGUCAACCAUGACUUGAUUUAAACACUCAUUUUUCUGACCUGCAGUCAGAUGCACUUCUGUUGGUGAGCCAGUUGUAAAUACAAAGUCUAUUCUAGUGCUAAAUAUCGAUGUGUUUCACACAGGUGGCUCAUAUUCGACCCCUGGUACAGCUAAAAGACUGCUUGUAUAUUGCACUCAUUGUUGAACAUGUUGGGAACUGAACCCUGUGUGAUUAUGUUGUUGAUGAGUUGCAAAAGGAAACAGCACAUGGCAAAAUAGACUGUAUUUAAAGGGUUAGUUCACCCAAAAAACAAACCCUCAUGUUCACCUUCAUGCUGUUCCAAUCUUUCAUUCCUCCUCAGCUCCUCAGGACACAAUUGAAGAUAUUUUGAAUGAAAUAAUUUUUUACUGUAGCCCUGACUGAUAAAUCAUGCAUAAUAACACCCAACACAUUUUUUUAUGAUUUUUUUUAUGAUUUCACACCUGUAUUCUUUCCAUUCAGUAAACACCCCAACUGACCUGUGGUUUAUGGGGAAAAAAAGUCCUUUGCUUGCUUUCCUGAAAUCCUCUUCCAGCAGCAGCCUCAUAGCGCUGAGCCAGUAACGUAUGUGGAGCUUAACACAAACAGAGCCUUUUCCUGAGGAAUUCACUACACUACAAAGGCAUUUAAUAACAAAAUCAAUGCAUCCAGUCUACGAUUUAAUGAAGACGAUGAACCGAAGAUAUGCUGUGCUCCUUUCAGUAAUUAUCUGUCAAGUCCAUACCAUGUUGGCUCAGGACUGUCCCAGUAAGCAAGACCUACAGAACUCAAUUCAACAGGCUCACAAACUGCUUUCAGCACAGGAAGCUUCAUACCUGCAGAGUCUACGCACUUUGAGGAAGAAACUGAACCUACUGCACGACAGCGUCGCACGCCGGCCCACGAAAGCACAGAACUCUACUUGUCCUGACUUAGAUACUCCAGUCAAUGGCAAAAAGCUGGGGAAGAUUCUGUUUCCUGGUCAUGAAGUUCACUUCCUGUGCGAUGAGGGCUUUGAGCUGGUGGGUUCAGAGACACGGCAGUGUAAAGAUUCGCUCAGCUGGAGCGGUCAGCAGCCCGUCUGCAGAGAUAUCGACCAGUGUCUUUCAUCACCUUGUGCCAACGGAGGAACGUGUACAGACGAGGUCAAUGGAUUUAGCUGUGUCUGCGCCAAGGGCUGGGCCGGACCCACCUGCCAGUCUCCAACACCAACAUUUUUUGUGACUUCAGCGAACACGUCUCCUGUCAGUGCUGGAGCUGCGGCCGUGUCCUCCUACCCUCUGACCCGAGCGUCUUCAGCGUCCAGGUGCAGUCAGGUUCAGGGAAUGACCCACUGCACCUGUGAACCUGGAUUCACCAUCUCCAGCCGUGACAGCAGCGUCUGCACAGACAUCGAUGAGUGUAAGCUGUUCCACGAUGGGCCGGCCGGCCGUCUGUGUCUGCACGCGUGUGUUAAUACUGCUGGUGGGUACCGGUGCAGCUGCCCUGCUGGUUACAGCGUGACCCCUGAUGGCCGGAACUGCAAAGAUAACGAUGAGUGCAGCAGCAGCAAGCAGAACAACUGCACACGAGAGCAGCUCUGCAUCAACACCUACGGAGGCUUCCAGUGCGUCAGAGUCCAGUGUCCACAGAUACGGAACGCCACCUAUGUCAAAACCUCUCCAGUGCGCUGUGAGAGGAACCCGUGUCCCGUGGACAGCAGGACCUGCUCUCAGGCGCCAAACUCUGUGUCCUUCCACUACAUGUCUGUGGUGUCCAAGCUCUCCGCUCCACGUGUCCUGUUCCGCAUGUCGGCCGUCAGAAUGAUAGGAGACACCCUGCGCUUCGGGUUACUGGGCGGCCGUGGCCGGCGUCACUUCAGCGUGCAGCGCUCCGAUCGUCAGACGGGGGAACUGCUGCUGACCAGUCCUGUCCAGGGCCCAGCCACACUGGACGCAGAGCUGGAGAUGACUGAACUGGAGAGGAGGGAACUGCUGGGACGAUACAUCACCAAAAUUACCAUCUUUGUAUCUCCAUAUGAGUUCUAGGGUUAAAUUAGAGAGGUUAGAGGCAGGGUAGCUGGUUUGGUUCAAAAACAUGUUUUGUUGUGCUGGUUGAAUGUAAUGUUUUCUCACCGGUGAAUGAGACAUGAGGUGAUUGGUCAGCGGUCACAUGUUCUGGAGGAGGAGAGGGAUCUUAUGCUGUCAAAGCCAGCUUGCUAUUGCCCUGCCUUACCUUUAAUAUUACCUUCAGAGGAAAUCUGGCUAGUUAGUUUGUGCAGUCUUAUAGAUAUAUACAUACAUACUGUGAAACACACACACUGAAACAGAGUAUGUGAGUAAAGUGAGUUUCUCAGCGUUUUGUUACUAGCUUCUUACUCUAGAGAACUGCUUGACCAAUCAGAUCAGAGGAUCAGAACCAGCAGCAAUCACUCGUAGUUUUUAUGUAAUUUACAGAUUUAUAUCAAUCAAAAUAGACAUCAGUAUGAGGGACUGUAAUCAUCUGUUAAUUUAAACUUGGAGAAAUAAAUAUCUACUUACUGAUGCACUUUUUCAUCCUAAUGUAUACAUUUUUUGUCAUUUAUCAUGUUC